UCGUCCAGCGGCAGUGACAGCCACAUCCACCAACCGAACUCAUAAAAAUAUCCUCUCCCUCUCUCUCUCUCUCUCUCUCUCUCUGAGAAUGGAAGCCAGCAAUGAUUACAACGACCUCGUGAUUCUGAACGACGACCAGCUGGGCACACUCGCAGAGAAAAUCCGCUACCAGGAAGCCACCGUCAUCCACCAGACCAACUUCAAAACCCAAAAGGAGCGCGACGAGUUCCUCUACGACAGCAAAUCCAACCAGGAGUCCGUCCUCGCCCUCCUCGCCACCGGCCAAGAAGUGGUAACCAAGUACCAAGACGACGCCGUUAAGGGCCCCAUUGCACGCGACUUGCACCUCUACAUCGUCUACUGCUGCAACAGCGCCCUCCAGACCGUCCCCAACUACCACGUCAGGAAGGACUACCUCCAGAAAAUACGCGACCACGUGGACACGCUCCUCAGCGUCCUCGAUGACCUGGAUGCCGCCGAGCGAAGCGCCGUCGUCGUGGUGGGCGAAGGCGUCGUCCAGUACAAGAAUGCCAUGUUGAUUUACACCCGACAGUUCAAGAGCACCCUCUCCUCCAACUUCUCCGCCGGGCUUAAGAACGAAGGCAUCAAAUACGAGAACCUGGUGCAAACGUAUGUGAACAAGCUUGGGUUUCAAGGGCACUUCAAGGACCUAAGCGAUGAACAAAAGGCACAAGUGUAUGAGUCAAUUAUUGCUAGAUCAGGACGAGAAUCAUCUCCAAUCAAGGAUGUGAUGUCUGCAGCAUCUAAAGCUAAAGGCAUUGCUGUAAAUGUUUACAAAGUGGGGUCAGUGGUGUGGGAUAUAUACACGUCAGAUCACAAGUUUAAAACAGCGACACGUGAUGCAGUGGUGUCUAUCGCUAAAGAGGGGGGAUCGGAGUUGGGGGAAGUCAUUGGGGCAGCAUUGGCUACAGACCUGCUGGAGGUAGAGGCGGAAGCGCUAUUUGUGACCUUGGCUGGAAUUGCGGGGGGCUUCAUUGGGUCUUUCAUUGUGGGAGCAUUUGCGGGUUGGUUGAUGGAUGCCAUUUUGGACACCACAACCUUUCCUAGCAGCACCGAAGGACUUCACUGCUACGUCUCUUCUUUACCUGAUGGUGUGGCUUUGGCUCGUGCAAUUGCACAUGAUGGCACUAAAGAUCCUAAUGCCAAUUCCACAAAUUGAUGAGUGCAUACUUCUAUAGAGAAAUACUUAGGGGGUGUUGGUCGAACUUUUACGUAAAAUUUGCAAUUUACUAAUUAUAAAACAUUAUAUUAGUGCUCGAAUCCACACAAGUGAAGCACAUGUUUUCAUGUGAAUUUAAUAUCACUUUAUUGAGUUCAAACACUAAUAUAUCAUUUUGUAAUUAAUGGUAAAUUACAAAUUCUACAUGGAGAGUCUAUCUAUGUUCCCACAUUCACAAAGUUGCUUGUCUGGGUUGUGAAUCAAGGGUUUAUCUUUUGUAUUAAGGCAGAUUCCACUAUAAAUAAAUGUGCCUACUAUCGGCUUAUAUA